AUGAUGAAUGGCUGUCCGCGUAUCACUGUCCAAGCCCCUAAUCCAUUCCUGCCUCACACCAUCUGUGACCGGCCGCCUGCUUUCCCCAUCACCGCUGCAGGUUAUGAGUGCGCAAUGCGUCCUCUGAGCUCCAUAAACGGCAGAGGCCAAAGCGGCCAGUGGGGUGGGCUUGGCUCAGCAUAUGACUGCCACCUGUGUAAACGCGCUCAGAUUGCUGUGGUGGUUGGGUUGUGCAGCACUGGAAUCUUGACCUCCACACUGCUUUGGGACCUUCAGUGA